UUCCAUUCCCGCGCUUGUCUCCGCCCAUCACAUCGGAGUAUCAAAUUUUGGCAACAGGCCUCCUCUGUGGUUUUUAUUUACGUAGCGCAAAGCCAACUCUCGCCGUUUUCGCACCCUCGCUUUUAUACAUAAAGACGUCACCGCAAUCCCAGUUCUCACCAACUCAACUCACAACCAACAACAGCAAAAAUGGGUGGAUCUCUGACCAACGUUCCCUUCGGUGUUUACCCCCUCUUCGGCAUCAUGGCUGUCGCCGUCGGUGGAUGCUCCUACUUCGUAUGGCACAAGUCUACCGGUCCCGACUGUGUUUGGGCUCGUGGUAAGAACCCCGAACCAUGGAACACCGUCCAACCCCACCAAACCUCCAAGCUCUACGACGUUGUCGGAAAGUCCGAAAAGUGGUCCCGCUGGUCCGUCCCCGUUUCCUCCGCCAACGCUCCCCAGCACUAAGUUAUAUAUUCAGCGACACUUUCCGGCUGUGUGAAACAACCCCGUUUAUUAGUGGGAGGAUUUCACGGCGGUAGAAGAACAGCGUCGUUUUCGACUACAGCCUUUAGAUAGAGAGGCUAGAACCGAACCGACUUUGAUUCGAUUUGAGGUUUUCUUAGAUAACCUUUUGAUAAUUAUGAUAUUUUGAGACUAUCUCG